AUGCUGAGCGGCUUGUUUGACGAGGAUGGGGCUGUUGCUGAGGCCUAUCAAGAUGGUGAUCAUUGCGACAGUGGAUCUUAUUUAACGAGGCCUCCUCUACCCCGAUCUCUCGUUCGCUUGUGUGGAUUGGACAAUCUGGGUGCAACUUGCUACCUCAAUGCAUUACUACAGACGCUGCAUUUUACACCCGAAUUUAGAGAGCGGCUAUUCAAACUUGGAGGUGACGAGUUGGGUGAUAUUAUGCAGCCAGAAAGCAGAGAGAAUCAGGUCCGAAGCAUUCCCAUUCAGCUGCAGCGUCUGUUUGCUCAGCUCUUGCUUCUCAAUCAACAGAGCUGCUCAACUGACAUGCUAACGGACAGUUUCGGUUGGACGUCUCGCGAAGAGCUACAACAACACGACGUGCAAGAACUCAACAGAAUACUCUUCAGUGCAAUUGAGUCGUCCCUCGUCGGUACAUCAGGAGAGAAACUGAUAUCAUCGCUUUAUCAUGGAACACUAGUCAAUCAGAUUGGUUGUCAGUCGUGUGGCCAUGUGAGUGAAAGGGAGGAGGGAUUUCUCGAUAUUGCCGUUCCUGUGACGGAAACGAAUGCGUUGGAGGUCGGUUUGAGUCACUUGUUUGUUGAGUUGGAGCUGAUGGAGGGACAGAAUCAGUACUAUUGUGAUCAUUGCAAGAAGAAAGUUAAUGCCACGAAGGGUUGUCGGCUUAAGAAGCUUCCUGACAUUCUAUCAUUCGCUCUCCUUCGAUUUCAGUUCGAUUUCACCAAAGGAGAACGCUACAAGGAAACAAGUAAAUGCACGUUUCCUCAAGAAUUGAACAUGAAUCCUUACUGUGAAGAGGAGUCUUCAGACAAGAAUUAUUUUGAGCUGUUCUCUGUUGUCGUGCACAAAGGCAGCACACAUGGUGGUCACUAUUUUGCGUACAUCAAAGACGUUGAUGGACUUGGACAAUGGACUCACCCUGACGAGGCAGAAAUCCAGUUACCUCAAAAUCCCCAAAGUGGCAAAGUCGACUUCAUAGAUUGCGACUCACCAAUCGAUCUAAUGAAAAUGUUAAUUGAACAACACGGCGGGGGAGCAGUCUCAAUCAACCGACUCUGCAAAGAGCUGCAAGAGCAAACGGGCGUUUCAUGGAACAAACGGUUUAAACGGCUAUAUGGGCCAGUCAAGCAGUUUUUUUCUCGUGCGUGUGACGUCUUUGUACUCGAUGACACAGGCAUGGUGUCAUUGCAGAAAGAAAAGCCAAUCGAUCAACACAAUGAAAGAGCCGAUGUGAAUCCUCAGUCAGAGUCAGUUGAUUUCAAUGAUUGCAUUGUUGAUCGAUGCAAAAUUGAUGGAGGUUCUGAUGCUAGUGGAUGUGAAGUAGAUGUGGAUACGAGAGUGUUGUGUGACGAGGAACACUCGUUGUCUGGUCAUCAGACGAUGUUGGAAUCAUGCAACGUGACAGGCUCAGAGUCACGUGAUCACACGCGUUCCGAAUCACGUGAUCACACGCGUUUUGAAUCACGUGAUGAUACCAAACCAGAGUCACCAAAUCUGACGUCAUCAAGUCAGACAUCAGAAUCACAAAAUAUGUCAACAUGGGCGUCACAUACCCAAACAUUAAGGUCACAUGACCAAACAGAAUCUGAGGUAGCAGACCAGACAACAUUAGGAUCACCUGACCAGAUGAUGUCAUCACAGUCACGUGAUUAUGAGGAACCAAGAUCACGUGAUCAAAUGUUACCAGAAUUCAGUGGCCAAUCAGCAUUACGUACGAUUCUCUCUGACACAACUAGCACGUCUGAUGCAUCAUCAGGGAUAUUGGAUAAUCUGCUUCCAAUCGUGGAAGAUCAUUUUCAAGCACCAGAGGUGAAUUUGGAGUCUCAGAGUGAAGCAUCUGGACACUUGGCUGAUUGUACAGCAAGUGGGCAAAAGAAUGUACAAAACAGGAAUGACGGUUUGAGGUUUACCCCUCCGGCUGGUCAUUGCUGGUUUUCAUUUGAUGAUAUGUGGGUUCGUCCGAUCACUGACCAACCAUUGAGGAUGGCAUAUCAAGGCAAAGAGAGUGCUUACAUGUUGUUUUAUAGAAGAAAGUCAUUGAUAAGACCGAGACAAGCGUUGCACAAUCCAUUGUAUGGAGUGUCUGAGAUGUUGGUAGAAGAGAUGGAUCAUGUGAACGCUGGUUUGCAGAAAGACAGAGACAACUAUGAUAAGGCAAUAAACACUGUGAACUUAAACCUUCUAUUUUCCGAUCUCUAUGUGUACACAAAUGGUGCUCUACAUCCUAAACCUUAUCAGAAUGUCAAUUGCCAGUCGAGUUUACGUUUGACAAUCGACAGACGGAAAAGCAUUAGGGAGCUGAAGGAGAUGAUAUUGUUGAUGAGAGGAGGGUUGGCGAUGGAUUUGGAGGAUAUGUGUUUGAGUAAAGCGAAACAGUUGCCAGCUGGUGUACAUUUGUAUGAGCAACUGGAAGAUACGUCAAAGUCACUGAUUGAGUACGGUUUAGUCAAUGACAGUCGGUUGUUCAUCUGGAAUGGCAAAACGGUUGGUGAUUGUGAUGUGCGUAAUGGAGCAGAUUGUGAGCCGGUGUUGCUGAUUGUUUCGUACUCUCCACAUGGAGACACUAGCCAACCAGUUGUAGACCACAGAUGGGGAUAUCCAAAAGACAUGACUCUUGGUCAACUGAGGUUAUCAGUCAGUAAACUAACCGACAUUCCGCAGGAGAGGCUGCAACUGACGCAAGUGAAAGUUGCUACUGCACGUUCGGGUGUCGCAUGUACUGUGGUAAUGGAGAGAAAUCAGGACUACAAAAGUCUUCACGAGCUUCACUUGAAUGAUGGUGAACGAAUGACAGCUGAGUUACAACAGUCAAAAUGGGGUCAGGGUAGUCUUGCUGCUGCCGAAGUUGCAAGACAAAACAGAAUGUUAUCGUUUCUUGUUGAGAAUCGUUGCUGUGCAAGACAAGAGAAUGAAUUGUGGCCUAUCUUUCCUAUUGAAGUGGACAAGGAUGAGACGAUUGAAAUGCUGAAAGCCAUCAUUUUCUCAGAGGUGGCCACAUUUGAAGCUUCAGCUAAUCCAAACACGCGAAUCAGAGGAGAAGAUGACACACAUGGACUUGGUCCUCCAGUUCAUGAGCACUUGACUGUUGCUUCUGUUGGUUGGACUCAAGGGCAGAAGAUUGUGUUAGAAUUUGGGGAUUCUCCUCAAGAAAAUCAGGUUGUGCUGAGUGUUAGUCUUAAUGUCAAGAAAAUGGAGAAAAACUAUAUUGAACUGACUGUUGACAGACAGUUGAUGAUUGCUGAGUUGUUGGCACUGGCAGUCAUGAAUCUCGGACAGACAGGAGAUAAUUGGCAUUUACGGAAAACAAAUUGGUGUGGAGAAGCAGCAGCCGUUUUGGAUGACGAGGAUGCGACAGUAGAUCAAGAACGUUUGAAGGAUGGUGACCAUUUGUUGAUUGAAGAAGGAAAACAGCCACCAAAGGGCUUCAUUCGUUUAUCAAUUUCUCGUUGCUAUUCAAACAGCAACAAUUCAGUAUCUACAGAAGGCAAGAAAGGAAACUUGAGCACAGUUGAGUGGGUCACACAAGGAAUCAAAGGAUUACUGAGUGCAGUCGUCCAGUCACCAAUGACACCAGAAAUAGUAACACAUAGUCAAGGAGAAGCAUCAUCUGAAGAGCAAACGGCUGCUGCUUUGCCAUCUGUUGCUCAUAUUGGAGACGUGGAGAUAUUAAAGGAAGCAACUCUUGCUGAUCUGAAGGCUCACAUUAUGACACUUCCAGAGCUCAGUCAAUGUGACCUGCCGUCUCUCAACUAUCUGAGACUGCAAGAAUUGCAAGGCAUUCCUGGCAGGCCCACAAAGAUUUAUCGAAGAAUGGACUUGACACUAAAAAAUCACAAAAUAUCGUCUGCUACCUCAAUAUGUUGCACAGUAUUGGAUCACAAGGAAAAUCUUAGCCAAUCAAGUAUUUUAUUGAACGUCAGACUUCGAUUAGUAGAGCAGAGGCAGUAUGGACCGCCUAUAGAGGUGAUGUUUGAUGCUACAAGUAUUCCGACGCCUCAGUCCCUAAGGCAGUGCCUAGCAGAUAAGCUGGAAUUUCCUCUUGAGAGGCUUGUUCUUGCCAAGCAUUUUCCGGACAAAUUUGAUUGGCUGAUUAUCAAAGCAAUGCCAGCUCAGGUUGCUGCACGCCCUCCAAGUGGCAAAGGGAAGAAGAAGAAAACCCAAACUCCAGCUCAGAAGAAAGUCAACCUUCGAAAUGCGCCUUACUAUCUCAAAGACGGAGACACGAUUGGUGUGCAGCUGAUCGACAACACAACAACCGACCCUGAUUUUUCAACCCUAGAAGAUGACGAAGGAAAAGUCAGACUAAAAGCACUAGAAGACGACAAACGAAAGCAAAGAAAAGAGCGUCGUCGCACGGAUGCGGUGACCGGCGAAUCAGGCAGAGCAGAAGUUGGUAUAAAAAUAUUUGUUCCUGAUUAUCAGAAGAAGCCACAGAACAGCAAUGCAGGCUCGAGGACUGAUUGCUAGGCC